GACCACUCCAACACCACUAUAGCAUUCCUUGCACAUUUAAAGCUCUUUCAAGUCUUUCUCUCUCUCUCUCUCUCUCUAAACUUUCCCUUCUCAAUCUUCUCAUUGCUUUCUCUCCAUAUGCGGCACUGUGAAAGCUUCGGAGAUUUGUUGAUUUUGCAGGGGGAGAGAUGGAGGGAAGAUUAGAGACGCCGCAAAUCCACGGAAUUGCAGAUGAAUUUCAGUAACCAGAAUAGUGCUACUCAUUACAUGAGUUCCUGUCAUUAACAAAAACCAAAGUGGCUUCAUAACUGGAUUAGAAAUGGGGGGUGAGAAACAUGGUUCGAAGAGUGGAGGAGGUUAUGUUGGUGGUUUCCUUAAUCUUUUUGAUUGGAAUGCAAAAUCUCGGAAGAAGUUGUUUUCGGGGAAAUCUGAUUUACCAGAGCAUUCAAAACAGAAAAAGAAAAGUGAAGGGAAUCUGCCAGUGACACAGUUUCAUUUGAAGGAGGAGGAGGACCUUGCAGCAAGUUUUAGUAUGAAAGGAAGCAGCGACUAUAGUUGUGCUUCGUCAGUGACUGAUGAGGAGGGAUACAGAACGAGGGCACCAGGGGUAGUUGCCAGGCUUAUGGGACUGGAUUCCUUGCCUACACAGAAUUUCGAUGAGCCCUUCUCUACUCCAUUUUGUUAUUCCCAAUCUCUUCAAGACACUCAGUACCACAGGAGAAACCUCGAAUUUCAUCAUGACCAUCAAAUUUCACUUUCUGGCCCUUUGCGAAGUAAAGUAGACCGCCCUGUUCAGAAGGCAAUGGAGCCAAAGCCUCAGAAAAUGAUUAACAGGCCAAUUGAGAAGUUCCAAACCGAGGUAUUACCUCCUAAAUCAGCUAAAUCAAUUCCAAUUACUCACCAUAAGCUUUUGUCUCCCAUCAAAAGUCCUGGGUUCAUUCCACCCAAGAAUGCAGCUCAUAUAAUGGAAGCAGCUGCUAAAAUUAUUGAAUCAGGACCUCAAGCAACUAACAAUGCUAAAAGGACUCUUCUCCGGCAUUCCUCUGUUCCCUUCAAAGUGAGGGACCUGAAGGAGAAAGUGGAAACUGCUAAAAGGACUGCUGAACCUUCUAGUUCUAGAGGGCUAGCUGAAUCAAAUGCUGCUAAGGUUCUCAAGGGACAAUCUUUGAACAAGAGUUGGAAUGGAUCUGCCGAACCAUCAUUCAGAGUUUAUUCUGAUUCAGAAGAUUGUUCUGUUACUAAGAAUAAAGGAAAGUCUAUUUCACUUGCACUCCAAGCAAAGGUCAAUGUUCAAAGAAGAGAAAGCUUGAACCCUAGUGGGGGUAGAAGCCAAUUUGCCCACAAAGAACAAAGUGAGGUCAUGCCAAAUCCACCUUUUAAAUGUCAAUCAAGUACCGAGAAGAGUAAGUCGAAGAAACCUUCCACUCAUAAUGCUUCCACUGUGCUCAGGCAGAAUAAUCAGAAACAGAACUGCCUAAUUGAUAAAGAAAAGCUACCUUCAAAGCCCUCUAACACUCAAGGUAGAAAAGUGCAGUGUGGAGAUCCUUCCUUGCGGAGACAUAAAAGUGCAAGUAAAGGUGGAGGGAGCUCUGAAGUUGGUUCAAGGAAGCUAAAGCAAGAGGUGGCAGAUGGUAAACACACCUCGUGUUCGAGCACAAAAAAUGUUCCCCGCAAGAAACGAUAUGUCGAUGGGAAUUUUCACCUGGAUAAAAAUCAAGGUCUUGAUAACAUGUUGGUUAAUGAAAUUGAGAAGGCAAUUCAAUCUAGUUCAGCUGUAGACAGACACUUCACUUGGGAUGAGGACAGCAAAAGAAAAGGCAUGGAUGUUGUUUCUUUUACAUUCACGGCUCCAAUGGCAAGAGCAAUGCCUGGUGGUGAGAUGUCCAGACAGCUAGCAGGGAAAAACUGUGCUGACCAUACAGGUAGAAAGGUGCUGUCCGACUCGGAUAGUACAAAUAGUGCAAACCCAUCAUCGCCAGGAUGUAAUUCGAUUGAAGCUGAUGCUUUAAGCACUCUUUUGGAGCAAAAGCUAAGGGAAUUAACUCUUGGAGUUGAGUCUUCCCGCUAUAGAAUGGGGAUAGCUGGUAAUUCCACUUCUAUCUUUCAAGAUUUGGCACCCGCUUUGAAAGGGGUACCUGCCGUAUCAAUGUAUCAUGAUAAAGAGAGCCAGUAUGGGAUGACUACAGAGAAAUUUGGUGGGAAGUACAGCUCCAGCAUUUAUUCAACCAAGUCACUGGGAUUCGUGACUAAGCAGAAGUUUCAGGGAAUGUCAGAGAAAGAUCAAUGUGGCACUGAUGAUACUGAAACCCGGAAGUCGCUUCAGUGUCGACAUCCCAGUCCUGUAUCUGUUCUGGAACCUUCUUCUCUGACAGAAAGUUGCAACUCGUCAGAUAGUGCAGAUAGUAACAGUAUAGACAGUAGCAAGCUGUGCUCAUCCAUUCAAGGCCUAGAAGUACAUGGAACGGGUUCUUCCAAGGACUUCCAUGUAAUGGAAACCGAUGCAGAACUGUCAGACUCGGCUUCUUCCACAUACACUAGAACUGUCGCUAGAAGGCAUGAAACUGGCUCUUGCAUGACCCAGUUUGUGGAAUCAACCGGUUGGGAGCUGGAAUAUGUGAAUGAGAUACUGUUUAACGUGGAGUUGAUGUUUAAGGACUUUGCGUUGGGCAGGGCCCGUGAGAUCAUAAAUCCUCAUCUUUUCUAUCAGUUGGAAAACCGGAAAGAGGUAACAGAAAGCCAAGGGGAUGAGCCUAAGCUGAGGCGAAAAGUCUUAUUCGAUUGUGUGGGUGAAGUCAUGGACUUAAGAUGCAGGCGUUAUGCCAAUGCCGGAUGCAGAACAUGGACGAAGGGGUUGGCAACAUUAAGAAGAAAGGAUUGGCUAGCCAAAGAAGUGUACAAAGAGAUCUCAUCCUGGGAAGGCAUGGGGGACUGUAUGGUCGACGAUCUUGUAGAUAAGGACAUGAGCAGCCAUUAUGGGAAAUGGCUCGACUUUGAAGUCGAAGCAUUCCAACUGGGAGUAGAUAUUGAAGGCAGAAUCCUGAAUUCUCUGGUUAAUGAAGUGGUUCGUGAUAUUCUGCUGAUCUAAAUCCCAGUAAGUUGCUCUCUCAGCAGACAUAUUUUCCUAGAAGGGAACCUUAUUCUUGAAUUUUUUGUGUUUGUUGGUUCAAACAUCGGCUUGUGCAGUGCCUCUGUUGUGAUUUAUUUGAACAUAUCUUUGAAAUCAUCCCAGAGAUUUGCAAUAAAUGAGGGGCGAGCUGGUUUUGGGUGUUGCUAUGUUACCAUUGGGUGUUAUCAUCCCAAUGGUAACUCUCAAGGUUGGCUCUCAAUGGAAAAGGCCAUUAAGGCCUAGGCCUAGGGCUCUCAAAAAAAAAAGAAUCUCAAAAAGUUUUUUUUAAAAAAAAGAAAUAAAAUAAAUUAAAAAGAAAAAGAGAUAAAUAAUUAUACAAAAAUUAAAAUAAAAUAAAAAUUGUUUUUGCUUUUUAAAGGGCCCUUAAAUUAAUAAUGGUAUAGAGCCUCCAACCCUUUACAGUGACCCUGGUAACUAUCUCUUUCUCUCACUCUUUGCUAUGGACCUUUAUUUGGUUGGGGUUCAUUGUCUUUCUAAAUUUAGAACAAUUUGAAAUUCUAAGUAGUAGGACAAAGGUGAUGAUUCAACAAAGACAAUGACGAUAGUUCAAUAGAUAUGACGAUGAGAAAAUUUAACAAUUAUUUUUGUAAAUAGAUUUAAAAAAUAUUUUUUGUUCUCAACAUUUUUUUUUAAAUUUUUUCUAGUAUUUAUUGAAUUAUUUUUUAUAUUUAUGCAAAAAAUCACGUCAAAAUACAAUAAACUCAUAUUUGGCCUGAGCUCAUCACUAUCAUCAUC